AAAAAAUUGCUUGUUUCUGAGAAACAAUGCUCAUGAAUCCAAAAUUCACUGAAUUUUUUGAAAACCCAUUUCAAAAAACCACAUUUUUUUCACUUCCAGUUCAUCAAAAGGCCUUAACAUUGCUCUGUAAAUGCUGGUGCAUGUUACCAUAUCUUACUUCACAAAAUCCAUCUUCAAAAAUAUUUUUUUUUCCUCUUUCCCCUCUUUAGAUUUCAAGCUCUAGUGCUUCGAAACAAAAGCCCUUUCAUGGUUUCAAAUAUGUUGGGUCUUUGCUAACAUUCUCAGCUGGUGAAUUUACCACACCUUGUUUUUUCUUUUUGGUUUUUUUCUCAUCACAUCUCAUCAGAUUUGACGCUCUUAUGCCUCAAAAAGAAGGCAUUCGAUGGUUAUAAAAAGCAUGUUUUUGCUAACAUACUCUGUUGGUGAAUUCAGCCACACCCUGCUUUAGAAAAACCAUAGAUUUCAAGCACUUAGGUCUCAAAAGGCCUUCCAUAGCUUCAAAAGAUCUUGGGUUUUUGCCUACAUGCUCUAUUGGUGAGUUUAACCACACCUUGCCUUAGAAAAAUCAUCAGAUUUUAAGCUCUUUAAGUCUCAAAAAAGGCCUUUCCUGGCUUAAAAAAUCUUGGGUUUUUACCUGCUUUGUUGGUGAAUUUGAAAGAGUUUGUUUUCCCCUUCUCAUCAGAUUUCAAGCUCUCAUGCCUUACAAAAACAGGCCUUUUCAUGCCUUAAAAGACAUGGGUUUUUGCUAACAUACUCUGCUGGUGAAUCUAACCACAUCUUGCUCUUAAAAUAUCCCAUUUCAAAAAUCUCCUUUAAAAUUUUUAAAAAAUAAAAAAUAAAAAAUCUCUCUUGUCAGAUUUCAAGCUAAAAUGCGUCAACAAAAUGCCAUUCCAUGGCUUUUCAAAGACAUGGGUUUUUUCUAAGCUAUCCUGCUCUUGAAUCCAACCUUUUCUUCCAUUGUAAAAACCCAAUCAAAGUCUUCUGAAUUCUCUCCCCUUUUGAUCUCAUACUUCUAAGGAGAUGUUUGGAACCCAUCCCCAAAGAGAAUUCUCUCCUGAAUUCCAACCCCAAAAGCCGCAUUACAAAGCUGCCAAUGCCACCAAGAAGGCAAGCAUUUCAGUGAACUUUGAGGAUCUGUAUGGUUUCCCUGUCGAAGGGAACGUCGACGAUGUGAACGUCCUGAAUGAGGUGACGGAGAGGGUGCGGCAGCAGGGCCGGGUAUGGUGGGCCCUCGAGGCCAGCAAAGGCGCCAACUGGUACCUGCAACCACAGAUUUCUUCCCUAUCAGAAGCCAUCGCAGUGUCUUCGCUCAGGCCAUCCAUCGUCACCAACACAAUAGCACUGAAGAGGCUUAUAAGGAAGGGGAUCCCACCUGUUCUGAGGCCCAAGGUGUGGCUCUCUGUUUCGGGUGCUUCGAGAAAGCGAUCAACAGUGCCUGAUAGCUAUUACGAUGAUUUGAUCCAGGCCGUGGAGGGGAAGGUCACGCCAGCAACACGGCAGAUUGAUCAUGAUCUGCCACGAACAUUCCCUGGUCAUCCUUGGCUAGACACACCUGAAGGACAUGCAUCUCUACGACGGGUCCUUGUUGGGUAUUCUUUUCGGGAUUCUGAUGUCGGGUAUUGUCAAGGUUUAAAUUACGUGGCCGCAUUGUUGUUGUUGGUGAUGAAAACGGAGGAAGAUGCAUUCUGGUUGCUUGCUGUCCUCUUGGAAAACGUGCUAGUGAACAAUUGCUACACCGGAAACUUAUCCGGAUGCCAUGUCGAGCAAAGGGUGUUCAAGGAUUUGCUAGCUAAAAAGUGCCCAAGGAUUGCCGCUCAUUUGGAAGCUAUGGAGUUUGAUGUCUCCCUUGUAACAACAGAGUGGUUCUUGUGCCUCUUCUCUAAGAGCUUGCCUUCUGAGACAACUCUAAGGGUUUGGGACAUUCUUUUCAAUGAAGGGGCGAAGGUUUUAUUUCAUGUGGCCUUGGCAAUCUUCAAGAUGAAGGAAGAGGAGUUGCUAUCUGCCCAUCAGAUUGGAGAUGUGGUCAGCAUCUUGCAUGAUACCUCUCAUCAUCUAUUCGAUCCUGACGAAUUGCUGACAGUGGCUUUCGAUAAGAUCGGUUCCAUGACAACCAAUGCCAUCACCAAACAAAGGAAGAAACAGGAACCAGCGGUCAUGGCAGAGCUUGAUCAAAGGCUGAGACGACUCAAUUGUUCAAAAAUGGACAACAAAUGAUUCAAUCUGGCGCAACCGCCCGUAUGUAACUACCCCAGUUGGAUAUGCUGCCUGAGAUUUCACUGAAUCCCAACCGUUUAAUCUGUGAUGGAUAAAUUGUUGAAAGUUUUGAGCUGGACUAGCAAUGUUGGAAACAAGUCCAUGUCAUCAAUCAAACUAUCUCUGUCUACAUGGUACAAGCAAACAGAAUCUGGACUGUUCAUCUUUAGUGUCUUACUGUAGAUGGGCCACACCUUAAAAAUCAUAGCUGCUGGGUGAUCCUAGCAUCUGUUAGAAUUUGGCUCGUUGAACAUUAACAGUUAACUGGAUUGUUUUAUUCUCACCCUCAAUUUGUAAGAAUCAAAGUUCCCUACAAGUGGUUAGGAUCGUCCGAAGGGUGUGAUUUUUGGGGUACAUGGCGUCCCAGCAGAUGGAUGGUCCAGAUAUGUUUCCUAAAUGUGAUUAAUUAUACAGUUCAUCCUGUGGAUUGUAACUUGGGUUGUGAUGGAUCCUUAUCCACUUGUUGUGAUAUUAGGUGUGUUAGCAUUCACCCAAUUGCCUUUAAAUUCAUUUAUUUCAGUUAACAAUCUAUUCAAUUCUUGUAGUUUGGAAACUUGAAUCCA